CACUCAUCCUCAACACCAUACCCAUCACACCACCACCCAACACCCCAAGAAUGCUCAGCCGCCCACACAGUCCUGCAUAAUCUGCACUCAGAAGCAGUAGCCACCGAGUUCGCCGACCCCGACACACCUGAAACCAUCGCCAAUGUCUUGGACGCCAUGAUAAUAGCCGUGCUCUCCCAAGCGACUUCCUGGUCAAAUGCAAAGCGCGCGAUGGGAGGUUUACGCUCAGCCUACGGUUCUCUGUUCGCCUACGAUGAUAUCCUAGCAGGCGGGGACGAGAAACUGCAGGACGCUUUACGACCAGGAGGCCUGCAUAUCCGAAAAGCGAAGAUUAUCAUGACGAUCUUGAAACAAGUAAAAGAAACCAAUGGCUCGUGGGAUUUGAAUCACCUCAUCGAGUUGAAUGACGAAGAGGCAAUGAAGCAGUUGAUUACUUACAAGUACAUCGGAAGUAAGUCGGCUUUCGUAGUCAUGGGAUGGUGUAUGAAGAGGAAUACGUUCACGGUGGACACGCAUUGCUUUCGUAUUGCUAAACUUUGGGGAUGGACGCCAAAGGAUGCGACGGUGGAGAAGACGCAGCAGCAUUUGGAUGCGUUGAUACCAAAGGAGUACAAGUUUGACUUGCAUUUCUUGAUGAUCGCACAUGGAAGGACUUGUCCAGUGUGCAGA